AUGGGGGUUCUCGCCUUGUCCUCUACACAUCCCGCGCCAAUCCAUCGCCGACACAGGAGUAGCCGAGGUGCUGUACCUUCUGCUGUGAGAAUCCCCGCGUCUGCUCCCUCGUUCUCCCCUUCUGGCUUCUCUUACUCACUCAACAGAGCCUUCUCUGGGCGUUACUCCACGUCUUCGUCUGCUUCUGUGUUCUCUCCCGCUUCGCCUUCGAGUUAUGAGGCUCCACGCCGGACGGGGUCUCUCAAGUGCAGAGCCGUGGGAGGGGAUUCAUCGGACACCUUCGAUCCGACGGUUUAUCAGGGGGUUUACGGGCCGUGGACGGUGGAUUCGUCGGACGUUCUUGAGGUAAUUGUCUGCUGCUGCCACUUGUGAUGUUAGUCGCGCUGUGGUUUCUCUAUUUAAUGUUUCUUCUAUCUGGAAUCAUCUUGUUUCUUCAUAUCAACUUGAAAUGGACGUGGUCGCUUUCGUUCCCGUGAACAGCCUCGAAUAAUGGCGAACGUUUGAUCGUUCUACAUAGGAGCUUGAAGUAAUAUUUUACGAUUAUCUUGUCGUCGAAAAUGCUUUGCCUACGGGCGUUGAAAUUAAUUCCGGCUUUGAAUAUAUCUUACUCAUCUCAAAAAAGUACGCAGACGCUCUAAAAUACUUCAUGAAUAAUUGUGUGCAUUGAUAGACAGACAGACCUCUCUUUGGCAUGGAUUCCCGAAGUUUACUCGUCAUGAUCAAAACUUCAUCAUCCGCGAUCACUCCUUGCCCCAUUUUAGGAUUUCUCAACACAGUCGGGACUCCAUGGAAUCUGACCGUUUUAAUUUUUCUGGAACAAAGUUACCGUAAAUAAGUGUUAGAGCAUCAAAAAAAAAAAAAAAACAAUCAACGUUGCAAUCACCGUGAUCCUCAUGCAAUGGGAUUGAAAUCUGUGUCAUCUUCCGCUUGGAAUCCUUGAUCCUCAUGCAAUGGGACAGAAAUUGCUGCUGGUUUCGAAAAUAUCCGACAGACGAUAGCUUAGGUUUCCAACAUGGUUGCUGUUUGAGAUUUCAUAUCGGCUCCUCCCUGUUGGUUCCUGGCUCGUCAAGUUUCACAUUGCUCACUGCCUCUCUCUCUCAUGCCAAGCAAGACAUGUUUGUUUCAUCAGUAGACUAGAGUGUAACUGUUCUUUAACUUAAUAUCUCACUCAGCUACAUUAGGAGCACUAAUUGAUGUUAUUGGACGCGGUUAAUUUACUCUCUUGGCCCUUGUGUUAAUCCAGCCUCUGAUACGCUUCUUGCAGGUGAUCCUCUACAGGACGGGUCUGGUAACUGCGGCUGCAUCGUUUGUGGUAGCUGCUUCCUCUGCUUAUCUACCAGAGGUGUCUUUCUUGAAGGAUGUCAUCCGUAGCAAUGUGGACUUGCUAUAUGCUACUGGAGCUGGGGGGCUAGGCCUUUCAUUGUUUCUAAUUCACAUAUACGUGACCCCCAUUAAACGCUUCCUUCAGUUGUUGUGGGCCGUAGGUGUUCUUGGAUCCCUUGGGACGUACCUUUCUCUUGCUCAGCCUGAGAGUGAAAGCUUGAUUGAGUAUGUGGUUAACAACCCAGGGGCUGUAUGGCUCGUUGGCCCCCUUUUUGCAUCACUGACUGGGCUCGUUUUCAAAGAAGGUAUGCUGACAAGUGACUAUGUUCCCCCAAGAACCUCUCUACAUGCUUUCCUCGACCGCUUUAAUGCAGAAUGCUUGUAUUAGAAUUUAAGGAAUCUUUUUUUUUCUUCAUUGGCUCUCAGUUCUUUUCCCGUGAUGGUGCUCUGUAUGUUAGUAUUAUAUUCCCUCCAUUUUUCUGGGUGGAAAAAAAACUGAAUUUACUUUUCUUGGUUCUUGUAUGUUCCUUUUCAGUUUUAUCUUGCUUUCAAACUGAUUAUUCUGUUCAGCAAAAUAAUUCUGAAAAAGAGAACAUGGUUGCAUCCGUCAUUGUUGCCAUGCUGGUCCAAACUAUUAUCAUAAUCAGGAAGAAAGGCUGAAAAUUUGACCUAAACAUUGUUUAUCAUGCUUUGGAACGGUGAAGGAAGCUCAACAUGCGUCUUUUAUAAUUUUCUAGACGGAUACUGUCCACGGAAUAUUGUGGGUUUAAAUGGCUCUUGGGAAUUCUCUCCUUCUAUCAUGCAAGCUUAUUCUGUUUUAGGAUUGGAUACUUCUAAGGUGCUUAGAUAUGGCCUUUUUUGUGCAUUGUAGAUUAGGGAAUUCAGCUUGUACCUUGUACCCAAAGCUGAAUGUUUUACUGAAUUUGUUUGGAUCUGUUCCAACGUGUGGUCUAAUAAAAGGGUGUAAGGGACCAUGCCCAGUCUGACUUAUGGACUUAAGCUUUCUGCCCUAAAUUACAGAACGGCUUUGCUGUCAUAAAUCACUCUUUAAAAAGUUGUAUUCUUCUGCAAGGGAUUCAUUUCUCUCAGUCCUAAUCCCUCCUAAUGCUCAUGCACUUGCUGUAGGUCUUUGCUAUGGAAAGUUGGAAGCUGGUCUCUUGACGUUUGUCAUUCCUACACUCCUCCUUGGCCACCUGGUAUGCGUCUUGGAGCUAUUAGUAUCAUAUUCUCCUGGAAGAAUCGUGCUAGUAUAAUUGGUACCCCUGAUCUGAAUAGUUUCAAUGCUAAUAAAUUAUUAUCACUGCUGAUAGUGGUGAAUGAACCGUUAGUAUCUUUUCUUACUACCUUAACAUUCAUCUCGCUGUAUUUUCCCAAUAAUUUAUUCACUGUGCAGACGAACUUGAUGGACGGGGAAGUGAAGCUCGGUCUCAUGGGUGUGUGGAUGGCCCUCUUUGUGGUUUUUGCAGCAAGAAAGUUUACUCAGCCGAUUAAGGUACUUCCCAAAAUGAUUUACUGCCCUAGUCCAAAAUUUUACCUUAAUUAAUGUGUUGUGGUAUCUCCACGUGGGCGCUUGAAAAAGCUGACGAUGAUGACGACAUGCUCCAUCAUGUGCAGGAAUGUCGCUCAAAUAAGUGCUUUUUUUCUUAAAUUUGGGAUUGAGAAAAUUAUGCGCCUCAAUUUCCUUCAAUUUUUUCUAGAAAAGUGAAAAAUUAGAUCGGCUGAAACUGCUCCUUAGUAAAAAAAAUACUUUAAAAUAGUUUCCCAUUUUCUUGGCUAAGAUAUUUUCUUUCUUUCUGUGAACGUGGAAGACUGUUGGCCAGGCCAGCCCGCCUAAGUCUUAAAUCGUUCUUUAUGUUGGCAUUGCUUUCACUUCAGGAUGACAUUGGCGACAAAUCUGUAUUCAUGUUCAAUGCAUUACCAGAGGAGGAAAAGAAGGCCCUCCUCCAGAGACUCGAACAGCCUGAAGAAAAGUAG